AUGGCGGCGGGGGCGGCGGGGGCGGCGGGGGCCGCGCGGGGCCGGGCCCGGGGCCGCUGACAGCCGCCGCCGCGCCAUGUACGCCAAGGGCAAGGGCUCCGGCGUGCCCUCGGACGGCCAGGCCCGCGAGAAGCUGGCACUCUACGUCUACGAGUACCUGCUGCACGUGGGGGCCCAGAAAUCCGCCCAGACCUUCUUGUCGGAGAUCCGAUGGGAGAAGAACAUCACGCUGGGGGAGCCCCCCGGCUUCCUGCACUCCUGGUGGUGCGUUUUCUGGGAUCUGUACUGUGCCGCUCCGGACCGCCGCGAGACCUGCGAGCAUUCCAGCGAGGCCAAAGCCUUCCAUGACUACAGCGCGGCGGCAGCGCCCAGCCCGGUGAUGGGGACCCUGCCCCCCGGGGAUGCCAUGGCCGGGGGUCCCGUGCCCCCCGCCUUCUUCCAGGCUCCUGCGGGUGCCCCCCCUCCGCCCCCCACCCCCGGGGUGCCCCUGCUGGGCCCGCACGGCCAGCCCUUCAUGUCCCCCCGCUACCCCGGUGGUCCCCGGCCCCCUCUCCGGAUGCCCAACCAGCCCCCCGUGGGUGUUCCCGGCUCCCAGCCGCUGCUGCCCAACGCUAUGGACCCGGCUGCGCGCUCCCAGGGGCAUCCCGGAAUGGGGGGCCCGAUGCAGCGCAUGAACCCCCCCCGAGGCAUGGCCGGGAUGGGGCCACAGAGCUACGGCAGCGGGAUGCGCCCCCCCCCCAGCUCGUUGGCCGGCCCUGGAAUGCCCACCAUGAACAUGGGUCCUGGUGGCCGCGGGCCCUGGCCCAAUCCCAACGCCAACUCCAUCGCCUACUCCUCCUCAUCCCCUGGGAAUUACGUGGGCCCUCCUGGGGGUGGGGGCCCCCCCGGCACCCCCAUCCUGCCCAGCCCCGGAGACUCCACCAACUCCAGCGAGAACAUGUACACCAUGAUGAACCCCAUGGGACCCGCGGGGAACCGGCCCAACUUCCCCAUGGGGCCCGGAGCCGAGGGGCCCAUGGGCGGGAUGAGCGCGAUGGAGCCGCACCACAUGAACGGAUCCUUAGGCUCCGGGGACAUGGAUGGGCUGCCAAAGAGCUCCCCCAGUAAUUUGGGGGCCCUGAGCAACCCCCCCGGGACCCCUCGCGACGACGCCGAGCUGAGCAGCAAUUUCCUAAAUCCCUUCCAAAGCGACAGCUACUCGCCCAGCAUGACAAUGAGCGUGUGAGCCCCGCGCCGAGGCCGCCGACAGCCAGACGCCCUCUCUCACCCACCACCGAAAAAAAAAACAAAACAAAAAAAAAAAUACAAACAAAAAUCAAAAUAUUUCAUUAAUUUUAAAAUAA